GGGUCAGGAUGGUUCCCACCCCAAAGCAUCCCCAAGGUCUCUCUCCAGAUGUUGGCAUCGCUGGUGCAUGCCAAGUGCACUGAGUGCCCCACAUCCCAGCACCCACCCAGGCCAGCACCCCGGGGUGCCCCCAUCCCCACCAUGGAGCUGGGUGCUGAGCUGCUGCUGGACCUGAGCUUCCUAACGGAGGAGGAGCGCUGCGCCAUCGCCGAGGUGCUGCGGCGGGACUGGGUGCUGCGCCAGCGCGAGGAGGGGCGCAUCAGUGAGCUCCGCAGGUCGGUGUCAGACCUGUCACAGUUGUGGACCCUCACUGGGGACUGGUUCUGUGAUGCCCGUGCCCAGCGCCACCGGCACCAUCACCUGGGCUCUGACCUCGUCCAUGCCUCCAUCCGGCGCAGGAGGCGGCCCCAAGGGGAACCGGAGCACGGCCCCAGCCUGGAGGCCAUUGCUGAGCCACUGGUGGAGGAGAAGGAGGAUGAUGAUAGUGGGGGGGAGCCGGAGGAGAGGCCCCUUACAGAGGUGCAGGCAGCAGCAGCGCCCCAGCCCAGCCCCACAGCCCCAGCUCUGGAGGGGACCCCAGGGCCGCUGCAGCAGGGAGACAGCCCCCUGCGGGAGCAGCACAUCCCAGCCCAGCCAGGUGACACAGUCAAUGGGAGACCCUUGGGCACAUCCAGCACAGAGGAAGAUGAGGAGGAGCCCCACUCUGCACGCUGUGGCCUUGAUGCUGGGGAGGGGCUGGGGACCCCCCUGACGGUGUCCCCACAGAACGGCCACGCUCCCCGAAGCAGCCUCCUGAGCACCAGCUCUUCCGUGUCCAGCCUCAGCUCCUCGACGCUCAGCAGCAGCCUGAUGAGCCUGUACAGCGAGGGUGAGCUGGGCAGGGUGCCCGUGAGGGGCUGUGUCCAGUUCUCCCUGCGCUACGACCCGGCCAGGACGGAGCUGCAGGUCCAUGUGCUGCGGUGCCGGGAGCUGGCCGAGGCCAAGAAGCAGCGGUCGGACCCGUACAUCAAGACGUACCUGCUGCCGGACAAGUCCAACCGCAGCAAGCGCAAGACCACGGUGCGCAAGAGGAGCUUGGACCCCAUCUUCAAUGAGACCCUCAAGUACAAGCUGGAGAAGAGGGACCUGCAGGGCCGGACCCUGAACCUCUCGGUGUGGCACCACGACAGCCUGGGCAGGAACCUCUUCCUGGGAGAGGUGGAAAUCGCUUUGGGCACCUGGGACUGGGACAACACCGGCCCCGAGUGGUUCAGCCUCCAGCCACGGACGCCCGUCUCCUCGGAUGGCCUCGCCAGCCGGGGCAGCCUCAACUUGGCACUGAAGUUCAUCCCUGCCGGCUUGGAAGGCAGGGGGCUGCCACCCACAGGUGAGCUGCACAUCUGGGUGAAGGAUGCUCAGAGCCUCGUCCCCCUGCAGGGCGGCACCGUGGAUGCCUUUGUGCAGUGCUAUGUGCUGCCAGAUGACUCCAAGGCGAGCCGGCAGAAGACGCGGGUGGUGAAGCGGAGCCUCAACCCGCUCUUUAACCACACCAUGGUGUACGAUGGCUUCCAAGCCAAGGACCUGGCCGAGGCGUGCGCCGAGUUCACCCUUUGGCACCAUGAAGCCUUUGCCAAGCGCCAGCUUGGUGGCAUCCGGCUCAGCCUGGGCACCGGGAGCAGCUAUGGGCUACCCGUGGGCUGGAUGGACUCCACAGCGGAGGAGCGGGGGGUGUGGGGCCGUCUGCUGCAGCAGCCCGGGCAAUGGGUCGAAGCUCUCCUACCCCUCCGGACCAACCUUGUCCCCAGGGCAUAGCCUCCGGCCCCACGGUGGGGGGCAGAGCUGAGCCCAGAGCAUCACUGCGGGGCUGGGCUCUGUGCCCCAUAGCAGCAAUGAAGUGGCACCGGAGGGC